CAGUCGCGGACAAACCGUCACGCAAGUUUCACCAAUUUAUUUAAACGCGAGUGUAUAUUAAUUUUAUCGUGAAAUAUUUCAAUAUAAAAAUUAAUUAUCACAAUGGAUUGUAUAAAAAAAAAUUUCAAUUAAAUUGUUUAAAUUUUUUUUCAAUUUUAUUUAUUUUUUUAACUUUUUUUUGGUGAUGAAAAAUUUAUUACAAUAUAUUUAAAUAAAAUGAUUUUUGAGGCAAUCGGACAUUAUUAUCAGCAAAAUAUAUAGAUAAUUUAUUGAAACAAUUAUUUAAAAUAUAUUUAUGUAUGAAAACAUGAAUAGCAUUGAGUGAUGUUAAUUGAUGUUUAUUUAAUAUUUAAUAAAUGAUAAUUGCUGGUAAAUCAACAAGGUACAUGUCAUCGAUUGAUUAAUGCCGAGAAGUGAAACUAAUGAAACGAGGCAACGCCGACGGACGGUGAUAUGCGUCGGCGUGGCUUCGACAAGUUAAAUAUAAAAUUGUGUUUGAAAUGAAAAAAAGUUACAUCAACUUUGUGAUUCGUAAUUAAUGUGAAUAUUAAUUUUGAAAAAGCUUAACAGUGCAUUUUUUUUUUCUACUUGUGAUCAGUGGUAAUUACAAUAAUACGUAACAGUGAUUUUUUUUUUUUUUUUUUUUUUUUCUAUAACAAAUAACAAAAAAAAAAAAAUUAAAUAACGAUAAAUAUAUUAUCAAAGUGACAGAGUUUAUAUCAUACUCGAAAGUUUGUUUUUAUUUUUUUUUAUUUAUCAGUGAAGCUUGAUCUUUCAUGCAAAGUUUAUUUAUUUAUUUAUUGAUGUUUUUUUUUUUCGCAUCGCGUUAAUGUUUCAAGGGUUGACGAGUGAAAAAAUAAAUAACAAGUGAAAAAAUAAUGUCACUAAAAUAUCAUAAAUGACAACGAUAGUGUUUUUGUGGUGAAGUUAUUUGUGGUAUAUUAUUGUGAAUUUAUAUAUUAUUAUAUAUACACUGAGUGACAAUAUAUAUAGUUAUUUGAUUUAAUGAAAUAUCAUACAAUGAAGGAAAAUCGUCGAAGAUGGCUGCGAGCCAUUUGGCCACUGAUAGCUGUACUGUCUCAUCAAUCAGAAUGCGCUGCAAAGGGAGGUACUGGUGGAUCAGUGAUUGAGCAUCAUCCGUCUUCGUAUUGGGAACAGCCAUUCAGCCAGCCAUACUUUGAUAAUUCAACAAAACGUGAAACGACAACGACUGUUGGCCAAUCGGCUUAUCUCUACUGCAGAGUUCGCAAUCUCGGUGAUCGUGCUGUAUCGUGGAUUAGAAAAAGAGAUUUACAUAUUUUGACAGUUGGAAUAUUGACAUAUACAAAUGAUCAAAGAUUCCAAGCUAUGCACAGUGAUGGCAGUGAUGAGUGGACACUAAAAAUAACAUCACCACAAGUACGCGACAGUGGAACAUACGAGUGCCAAGUAUCGACAGAACCAAAAAUAAGCCAGGCCUAUAAAUUAAGCGUAGUAGUAUCGAAAGCAAAAAUUGUGGGGAACGCUGAGCUAUAUAUCAAGAGUGGAAGUGACAUAAAUCUCACUUGCAUCGUUCUUCAGACACCAGAACCACCAUCUUUCAUAUACUGGUACAGAGGUGAUCAUGUAAUAAACUACAGUCAACGUGGUGGAAUCAGUGUUGUUACUGAAAAACAAACUAGAACAUCUCGUUUGCUCAUAUCACGAGCACUCCCAGCUGAUUCUGGAAAUUACACUUGUGCACCAUCCACUGCUGAAUCGGCUAGUGUUUUAGUGCACGUGCUGAAUGGUGAACAUCCAGCAGCAAUGCAACAUGGCAACUCGAGUAAUAGUGGUGCAGCAACAAGGACACUUGCAUUGUUGUUAUUAUUUUUGCAUGCUGGUUCAUUUGCAAGGUGACUGAUUGGUGAUUGGCAGUAACCACGUCAUUAAAUAUGACAUUUAAAAAGUGAUUACUUGCCCCUUAGCAUUUUUUUAUGAACAACCCAUAUACCAAUCUUCAUUUUUAUGUUUUUUUUUGCUUUUGAAUCCUCUUAUUCCCUUGUUCUUUUUUACUUCUUUAUCACUAUUCAAUUUCUAUAAAAUUCCCAUCAACAAAUAAUGAUAAAAGAAGAAGAAGAAAAAAAAAAAGGGUUUAUUCAAUUCUAUGAUCGCAUUUAUGUACUUAUCCUUAUUCCUCAAUAUAUACCUUCAUCAACAGCGAGUCAACUCCAUCUCCUCCUUGACGAUCAGUCUGGCCAAGCCCACGGCCUCGUUUUUCAACAAGAAAUUGUGACCCAACUCCUAAUCGUCGAUUUAUCGACAUUCAUUUGGAACGAUAAAAGACCGUGGACACAAUGGUUCAUGCCCCCAGCAUCGUGUGAACAUCCCCAUGAGAGGAUAAAAAAAAAAAAUAAUACUAGUAAAAAGUAAAAAAUAAAAAAAACAACAUCCCCAGUGAAAUCAGUUAAUCGAUUUUCAAUCGAGUGAGUUAUUUAUGUAUAUAUAUUUAAACUGACUCGGCUACAAAAUGAUAGUUAAGAAAAUGAUAAAUAUUUUUUUAAUUUUAAAAUUCAUUUUAACGUAUUAAUAUAUUGGUAUUUUUAUAUUUUAGUUUUUAAAAUGAUUGAUUUUUAUGUGUAUAAUGUAAUGAGAUUUUUGUGUAUACUGUGUAAAUGUAUAUUUUUUUUUCUUUUAUUUAUUUAUGAAUAUAAGUUUUUUUGUUUUUCUUUUUUAUAAAAAAGUGAUGUAUCAAUCUGUUUGACAACUUGACGGUGAGAGAAAAAAAAUAUAUAUUAUUGACAAUUGCGUGAAUCUCAUGGGAUAAAAUGACCUCUAAAAUAAUAUAAAAAAAAAAUAUAUAUAAUAUUGCAUUCAUCGAUCAAAUUAUUUUGUUUGAGAUUUAUCUUUGCAAAUGUUUUUGAAUUUUUGAAGAAUUGUUUUUUUUUUUUUCGGUUUUUGAAUUUUUAUCACGCAAAGUUAGUGUACGAUCGAUUCCCCCGGGGAAAUUCAGUGGCUAGUAACAGAUAUCAUGCUUGACGAGGGACAGACGGAAUCAUCGAGUGAGAAAAUGAAUCUUGUCUGAUGAAAAUGAUAUAUAUAAAAAAGAAAACUCAUGCGAAAUCAAAACGAAAAAUAAUAAAAAAAAAAAAAAUCAUUUCAUCUCGUCUGUACAUGGCUCACCAGAUUUCUUUCUUUUUUUUUUUUUUUUUAUUUCUAUAACCCAAGAGUUAUUAAGUAUUUCUCAUCUCUACAAAUAAUUCACUUUUUUUUUGCCGUUUCAAUACUGAUAUGCUCUCAUUAAAAUGUCUCGUGAAGUUAUACCGUUCUUCAUAACUUUUAUAUCAAAAUUUUUUUUAUAACUAUUAUUUUAUUUUUUUUUAUUUUUUAAUCACCAUCGUGUACAAUUACCAGAAUUGAGAAUAAAAAUUCGACACUUGAACGUAAUAACUCUUGUUCGUGUCAUAACUCUCGAUCGUGUCGUUGACUCAAAUCGCCAUCACUUAAUUGUAUCCCAACGGCAUUUAUAAAUGACGAACCAUUCAGGUACUAAAAUUAAUGACACCCGAUCAUGUCGAUAUAAAAAAAAAGUAUAUAAAAAAAAAUAACAAAUUAAAUUGUAGUUACAUCGUUCGACAAAUUGAAUUUAACAUGCUUUUAAAUUUCUCAAAAAAAAAAAAGAAACGAAGGCAAAAAAAAAGGCAAAUAAAAAAAAGUCGGUAUUAUUUAAAUAUUUAAAUGUGGAAAAUUUAAUUUUAGCUAAAAUCAUAUAAAUUUAAUAAAAUUAAAAAUAAAUUACCAUACAUAAUAUUUAAUUUUUCGUUUGUAUAAUAUUUUAGUUUUAUUAUUCAUAAAAUAAUAUAUAAUAUUUUCUCUCACAGUUGAUCUGUAUGCUUAAACAUACUAAAAUAAUUAAAAACUUAUACCGAGUUCAGUUUAAAUAUAUAUAUAUUAAUAUAUAUUCAUGUAUGAUGAUUAAAAUCAAAGUGAAUAUCAAAAAGACAUUUGCAUAAUAUCAAUGAAUCAAGUAUGUAAAAAUAAAAAAUAAAUUGAAUAUUAAAAAAAUAUAAUAUUGUUGAUAUGCUAUAAGGAUAAGUUUGGCUGAUAUAUAUUCAUCAUGAUAAAUAUGUCGAUUGAAUAUAAGGGGUAGUUCAAUAGUUGUGUUAGUAAUCGUUGGGUUCCAAUAAUAUUCGCUGUAAGUGAGGUGAAUAUAUUCCUCAUUCCGUUAAACCCUCUAUCUUCGUCAUCGUCGUCGUCGUAGUUAUACAUGAACUCGAGAAUUAAUGAGCCCACGAUAAACCAUCCACAUAUCCAAUUUAUAAGUUUUAAUUAUUUUAAAUGUGCAGCUCAACUAGUCAGUGAGUAUAUAUUGCCAAUGUGAAAUAUAAAUUUUGACAUGUCAAAAUAAAUAUUUAAAAAAAAAUAAUAACAAAAAAAAUAAAAUACAAAAUUUUGACAAUGAUUGAUAUUAAAUAUUUUAAAUUGACUGACAAAAAUAAUAAAUAAAUAUAAAAAUUUAGUUGUCACUCAGUUAAUGAGAGAGAGAUGUGAAUUUUUUAUGAUAAACAUAAAUAAUUCUGACUUAACAAGGUGCAUAUUGAACAUAAAAAUAAUGAAAAAAAAAAAAAUUAUAGAAAAUUUAUAAAACUGAACGUAAAUUAAAGUUUUUAAUAAUAUAAAUAAAAAAAUAUAAUUUUAAUGAAUUAAUAAAAUUUAAAAAAUGAUAAAAUUUAAAAGAUAAAAGAAAAAAAACAUUGUAAAUUUACUGGAAUUUAUAAUAUGUGUGAAUAGAUAAAUUAAAUUAAUAUAAAAAAAAAUAAUAUUUCUUGUUUUAUCAAAAAUAAAAAAAGUUAAAUAAAUUUAAUCAGUAAAAAUAUAAUUAUAAAUUGUAUUUGUAUAAUAUGUGUACGUGUAUCCAUUGGAUAGAUUCACAGUUGAGUUGAUCAGAAUGCUGUGACAAUAAAUCAUUUAAAUAAUUACAUCUUUUGUGUAAAAUUUUUAAAUAAAUUCAAUUCAAAAUUAACAAUAAAAUCAAAUAAAUAAAUUUUACAAAAGAUAAUUAAUGCACCAUUCUGAUCAAUUUAAUUUGCUGUAAAUAUAUUUUCAACUAAGAAUGCAUUUAAAGAAAAAAAAAAAACCUACUUUGUAUGAAUGUGAAAUGAUUGUUCUACAAAGAAAAAAAAAAGAGAAACUUGAACUUAAAAAUAAAACAAAACAAAAAUGAAAAAAUAAUAUUUAAAAAAAUAGCGAAAUUCGCUAGCCUCACUGUAUAUGAUAAUAUAUAAAGUAGAUUUUAUUAUAAAAAAAAAAUAGAAAAAUAAUAAAAAAAAUAUAAAUAUAAUGAAAAAUUAAUAAUGUAAACAAGAAUAAAUAUGUCACAUAAAUCCAAUGAAUUAUACAGGCAUGUGCACGAUUAUCAGUGAAUCGAUUUGAGUAAUGAUGGCUUCACUGUUAUGUCCAGCUUUUUAAAUCUUAAAAUAGAUGCAUUACACGAAUGGUAAAUAUCAACAUCAAAUGAACUUAAUUGAAUAUGCUCGCAUUACAAAUUUAACUCGGCCAUGUAACAAUUCCAAUAAUUAAAAUAAAGCCUGAAUAUAAAAAAAAAUCAUAUAAACGAUAUAUAAAAAAAAAAUAAAAUAAAAAGAAAAAAUAAAAAGGCUAACAGAUAUAUAGGAUGAUAAAUAAAUAUCUGAAAUUUAAUUUGUGAAAAAAAAAAAUGAAAAAAAAUUGUAAUCAAAGUUUAUAUUCAUGUUAUAAAUUUGUUAAUUAAUUUUUUUUUUUCUGUUUAUUCUAGUAGAAUGUUUAUAUUUCGUUACAUGAGUUUGAAAAGUAAAUAAAUAAAUAAAUUUAGUCUCUUCAAUAGACAACAAUUGUGUCAAGUGAUAAAAAUGUUUUUUUUUUUUUGUUUUCUGUUUUGUUUCUUUCACUUGAAUGCACAUUUUUAUACCGUGUUUCAAUUGAAAUGAUAAAGCAUUGCGAAUAUAAAAGAGUAAAAAACAAUUUGGAAAGUUUUUUCGUUUUUUUUUUUUUUAUUUAAUUGUCGACAUUAUUUUUCACACAAUAGAACGUAUAUACGCUUGUAAAAUUUUUAGCGAUACUUUUGUAAAUUCAAUACAGAAUUUACCUGUACAGUUCGCUGAAAAAUGUAAAGAUUAUUGAGAAAAAUAAAAUAAUGAACAAUUGAAGAGAAUAAACGAUAUGAUUUAAAGUAUGACUGGUAGUUAAUAAAAUUAACAAUAAAAAAAAAAAAAAC